AUGAUAAUCAUUAUCAUUUGUAGGUAUCCGAUAGCAUUUGCAUUUAUGUGUGUUGGUUGUUUUGUCAUUUUUCCAGUAACACUUGCAAUUCAAGCUGAGAUAUUUAGUGAAUAUUUGAUCAAAUGUUUUCGUAUACAAAUAUUCGAUGAUAUCAAAAAAUUUUACUUAAAAAAACUUAUUGGUUUUUCAUUACUGUGGCUUUUGAUGAUGCUCAAUUUUUUCUCUUUGAAAAUAUUUGUUUCACGUUUUCAAAUUGUUGCAUCAUUUGCAAAAAUAAUUACAACAGCUAUUGUAAUUUGCACUGGGUUUUACUUUAUCAUUUUUAAAGAUGAAACUCAAAACUUGCAAAAUAUGAUGGAUGGAACGCAAGUUAGGCCUGGUCAUAUAAUAGCAGCUUUGUUUGCUGGUUUAUUUUCCUACGAUGGUUGGGAUAUUUUGAAUUUUGGCACCGAAGAAAUUGAAAAACCGAAAAGAGCAAUGCCUUUGGCGAUUAUACAUUCAUUUUCCUUGUUUUUCGCGAUACUUGAUAUAAAUCAAAUGAAAUCAUCUGUUGCUGUGGCUGAUACAUUUGCGGCAGCAAAACUAGACAAAUUCUAUUCUGUAAUACCCUUUCUGAUAUGCAUUUUAUUGAUCGGCUCCAUGAAUACUUCACUUUUUUGCGCUAGCAGAUAUUUGUAUGUUGCUGCACGACAAGGUCAUUUACCUACUUUCCUAAGUUGUUCCAAUACAGAACAUGACAGUCCUCGAGUGGCUAUAUUUAUUUCUGUUACACUUUCCUUUCUACUUUCAUUUACUGGUAAUCUGUAG